GGCUGAAGAGACUCCCGCCCAGUCCCCAGACAUCAUGCAGUCUCAGAGAUCCUGGUUCGAUCGGGUCAGGGUGCCGGAUGCCCCCGCUACUGGGAUGCACAGAGCCCGUCUGGUUAAAUCCGCUUCUAUGUACUCGGAGCUGCAGAGGGAGCCGCCGGAUAUUGGGAGUAUCUUGACCCAUCCGGAUUAUCUUGAUGGAAAUCCUGAACUAAUUAAGCCCAAGAAACUCCUUAAUCCAGUGAAAGCCUCCAGAAGCCACCAGGAACUACACCGAGAGCUGCUGAUGAACCACAGAAGAGGUCUUCCAGUUGACAAGAAGCCGGAGCUGCAGCGAGUCCUGGAACACCGACGGCGAGACAAAAUCAUCCAACAGAAGAAAGAAGAGGAAGAGAUAAAGAAGCUCCAGUCUCCGUUCGAACAGGAGCUGUUAAAGAGACAGCAGAGGCUGGAGCAGCUGGAGAAAGAACAAGAGCCGAUGAAGGAAGAGGAACGAGCCCCAGAAUUUGUUAAAGUAAAGGAGAAGUUAAGAAGAACGGCGAUGUUACCCAGUGAGGAGAGGGUGGGGUAACCCCCGGCAGAACUCUAUGAAUAAUCCUAUUGCGGAGGCUUUGCUGCGUAACACCCUGGAUACCCACACUCGGUUAUUAACCGUUGCCGCUACGUCUUUCAGUGUGCCCCAGACCACUCGCAGAUACAGGGUUUGUGUUCAGAAAUGUCGCUUUUUCCGUGUAUCUACCCACCGCCGCAGCAUUCGAUCCUGACACUUAAACUCAGAGGCGACUAACACCUCACAAUAUGGCCGGCUAAGUGACUAGCGGUUUGUGGGUAACCGUGGGAAUUCGCUUUCCAAGGCGGCAGUUUGUAUAUUCCCAGUGAGUGUGUCUCCUGUUAUGUGGCGUCUCGCUGUCCCCCGUCGGCUUUUACUGCUGGACUUACAAGAAGAGGGCGGGGCUGCCAGAGAAGUGGCGGCCAUAUUGCUGCGCAGAAUUGGUUUUGGGAACUGACAGUUUGGUAUAAUGUUGCAGCCAACAAGACCUAAUGGUGUCACUUAGGGCAUAAAUGCAUUAAUAUUAUUGUACCCCCAGUGUAGAUAAUGACCCUCUUUGAAAUAACUGAGGUUUAAGUUUUUAUAUUUCCCCCCUACAGAACCUGGAUUGGGGGGGGGGCAUUCUCCGUUCUGCACUCUUCUCUGGUUCAGUGAUUGUGUCGCUGACCAAUACCAGAGCGUCGCUCGUGCAAAGGGAAAGGCCUCAGUCAUCUGAAAAGAAAAAGAUUUUUGGCUUUAGAAAUGAUCUGUAUAUAAUAUAAUAUUUACUGAAAUAGAUAACAGCAGUUUAUAUUAUUAUUUAACCAAAACCAUUUUUCAUGUUUGCCUUAGGGAAUGUAUUUCCUUCUGACCCAGGAAGAUUCCAGCUGUCUGUAUAGCACCAUCAGUCAGCCCCUGCCCCAGAGAGCUUACAGUCUAUGGUCCCUAUCACAUUCCCAUCAGCCCCUGCCCCAGUGAGCUUACAAUCAGAGGUUCCUAUGACAUUCCCAUCAGCCCCUGCCCCAGUGAGCUUACAAUCUAAGGUCCCUAUCACAUUCCUAUCAGUCCCAGAGAGCUUACAGUCUAUGGUCCCUAUCACAUUCCCAUCAGUCCCUGCCCCAGUUGAGCUUGCAAUCUAAGGUCCCUAUCACAUUCCCAUCAGUCCCAGUGAGCUUGCAAUCUAAGGUCCCUAUCACAUUCCCAUCAGUCCCAGUGAGCUUGCAAUCUAAGGUCCCUAUCACAUUCCCAUCAGUCCCAGUGAGCUUACAAUCUAAGGUCCCUAUCACAUUCCCAUCAGUCCCAGUGAGCUUACAAUCUAAGGUCCCUAUCACAUUCCCAUCAGUCCCUGCCCCAGUUGAGCUUGCAAUCUAAGGUCCCUAUCACAUUCCUACUAUGGGCAGGUAAUCAGGAGCCAAUGAACCCACCUGGAGUGUGGGAGGAAACUGGGGUACCUAGAGGAAACCCCCACACAGAUAAGGGGAGAUUAUACAAACUCCUUGUAGAUAGUGUCCUGUCUGGGAUUAAACUCCAGCAAGGCAGAAAUGCUUAUAUUGCAAUCAGGAGGCUGUUAUGUUGGGAGAUAAGAGAAUAAAGGACAACUGAGUCUUGCACUUUUCUUUAUGUAUAGCCGAGCCCCCGUCACAUGACCAGGAGGAAGUAGAUUGGCCCCAGGAAUUAUACAAGCAGAAAAAAUGGCUGUAAUUAAAGAUUGUUUAUAGGGAAAUACAAUUAUUUUUUAUUUUGAUGACAUUAUCCCUUUAAGGGCUAAUCACUGCUACUGAGACCCGACUGAAUGUAACAGGGAAUGAAUAGUAAUUGUGACAUUCACCCCCAUAUCAGAGGGACAUACAGAACUCUCUGCUGCACAAAGGGUUAACCUCACAUUUUAUUUAAUGAUUUUUGGGUUACUGUGGGGGGAGGGGUUAUGUCUCAGGCACAGAAUAUGGCCAAUAUUUGGAUAAAGCCUUAACGACAUUCAUUGGAUUUUACUAACACUAUAGGUUGGUUCCGCUGCUUCAGCCUGUAAAUACGACAGAUAUUUAUUUAGUUAUGGUUCGUACAUCGUCUAUUUUUCUAUGUAGUUCUGUGUCUGUAUCACCAAUAAAUAGUGAACUUGCUGCA